AUGGAAGGGACAACAGAGAGCAUCCGCAAUUUCUUCAACCAUCUUUGGAUCUUUGUGACGGCCAAACACAACCAGGGUGUCUACAAUACAGUGUGCCUGGUGGUCCUCCUCACUCUGCCUCUCAUCGUUUUCCUCACCACGCUGGCAGUGUGUUGCCACUGUUGCUGCUGUCACCAUGCAAAAAGCUGCUGCUGCUGCUGUCGAGUAGGAGGGGGCGCCACUGAAUCCAAGAAAAAGAAGAAAAACUCGGCCAAUAACGAUGACUUGUGGAUUUCAGUCAAGACGGGGCAGAUGAUGCCUGAUCUGGUCGCCCUGCCAAUGGAGUAA